UUCAGUAAGGUUUCAACUGCAGCUGAGGGAACAUGUCUUUCGUGAGCACUCUACGUCAGUGGGAUGAAGCAGUGGCUUGUAUGGAGAAAAAGGACACAGUCUCUGCUCUCAGGAUAUUCCUGGACAUUGAGGAGAAGACAUCAAAAAUCAACUUCAACAUCGGAUGCCUCCAUCUGAACAACAACGAGCUGGAUGCUGCUGAGAAGGCAUUUGACAGUAGUAUCGGCAAAGAUGAGCAUUUGGCCGUUGCUUUUUUUCAGCGGGGAAUUACAUUCUACAAAAAAGAAAGGUUUGAAGAGUCACUGAUGGAUUUCAAGCAAACUUUAAAGGAGCUAAGAGGGAAUCACCUGAUAGACUACAAACCUCUGGGACUGAUGUAUAAACUUUGUGCUUGUGAGGUGCAGCACAAUAUUGGACUUGUCUAUGCGCAGAUGGGGAAAUGGGAGAACGCUCAGGAAAACCUGCUUUUAGCUCUUAAACUCCGUACAGAUUCCAAAUUCAACCACAUCGACAAGGCUCUGGAAUCCAUUCUGAAGCAGAAGCUCUUUCCUCUGGUGGUGAUUCGACCUGAGCUGCUGUUCAAACCCAAUAAGCACUAUGUGGCAGAGCUGGAGAAAAAAGACUAUCUCGGAAAGGCCAAGGUUAUAUCUUCUGUGGUUCCUGCUGAUAAUUUCUCAGGUUUCGCUCCUCUUCAGCCUCAUGUUGAAGAUGUUCCGGCUAAACCCAAGGCACCAGAAGUACUGAGAGCUCUUGAAGGUGAACCGCACACUGUUCUGUACGAGUUCAUUCCCGAGACCAAAGAAGAACUGGCUGUGUUACCAGGCAACAUCGUCUUCGUUCUUCAGAGAGGGACUGACAACUGGGCGUCUGUUAUUUUCAACGAACGGAGAGGGUUGGUUCCCUACAAUUUCCUGGAGCCCCUGGAUAUUACAAUGACCUCAAAAAUGGUGCAGGUUGCACCAUCCAACGGCAAUGAAGAUAUACCCGCUCCACCAAGAAGACCAGCGCCCACUAAACCAUUGGGUAAACCUGUAGAACAGGAGGCCCCAACAACUGAGAUUAAAGCUGCUGAUGAUUUCUCAAAAUGCAUUGUGAAAGUGCACUUCCUGUUCACCAUGUCCAUCUGCAUUGCACCGGGACAGCCAUAUAAAGCCGUCCUCAAGAUUAUCAGCACUAAACUCAAGCGACCUGCUUCUACACUCACUCUGAGCUAUUUUAAGCCUGGAUCUACUGAGAAGGUACCAAUUGACGAGUCGGAGAUGGAGGUGUUGUGGACCUGCGUGAGCAACAAUCGCCUCACACUGUGGUGUUCAGCCACUGAGGAUAAAACCAUAACUCAGAAAAAGAUGGUGGCUCUGUACACUUACGAGGCAUCCACACCUGAAGAUCUGGACUUUUCUCAAGGCGAUGUCAUUACUAUCCUGUCUAAAGUGAAUGAAGAGUGGCUUGAGGGCGAGUGCAAUGGGAAGAGCGGCAUAUUUCCAUCAUCUUUUGUUGUAGAUCAAGAAGAUAAUCAGUAAAUGGAGACAAGUCUUACUGAUAAAUAACACAAUCUUAACUACAAAGAUUAUUGAAUUAUUCAAAGCUUAAGCGUAAUUUAACCAGCAAUGCACAAGUGCAGUUUUACUAAGGGUCAGUGUUGAUCAGCACAUACUUACACCAUCAUUUUCUUAUAGACCUGGAUAAUACAAGGCUAUACAAUAGUUUAUGAACAUAUUUUAGCUUUUUGGAAAUUACUUGUGUACAACCUGUUUGCCAUCAAGUUGUUUUUUUUUUUUUUUU